UCCUUGCUGCUCCGGGGUCGUGGCCUUGCUCCCGCCGUGCAAGAGUCCCAGCACUUGCACGCGCGUGUGUGCGCGUGUGGCCUCCAGUGCCCGCCAGUCCGCGCUCGUUGUCUGUAGGGACGGCAGCGACAGCCAUGGGCGGGACAGCCAGCACCCGCCGGGUCACCUUUGAGGCGGACGAGAAUGAGAACAUCACCGUGGUGAAGGGCAUCCGGCUUUCGGAAAACGUGAUUGAUCGUAUGAAGGAAACUUCCCCAUCUGGUUUGAAGUCCCAGCGGUAUUCUGCCUAUGGUGCCUCAGUUUCUGAUGAAGAAUUGAAAAGAAGAGUAGCCGAGGAGCUAGCUUUGGAGCAAGCCAAGAAAGAAUCUGAAAAUCAGAAACGGAUAAAACAAGACAAAGAACUGGAUCAGUUAACCAGAGCUAUUCUUCGAGAGAGGAUAUCGAGUGAGGAGGAACACUCUAAGGCAAAACACCUGGCGAGGCAGCUGGAAGAGAAGGAUCGAGUGAUAAAGAAGCAGGAUGCAUUCUACAAAGAGCAGCUGGCUAGACUGGAGGAGAGGAGCUCGGAAUUCUACAAAGUCACCACAGAGCAAUAUCAGAAAGCUGCUGAAGAGGUGGAAGCCAAGUUCAAGCGGUAUGAAUCUCACCCCGUCUGUGCUGAUCUGCAGGCCAAAAUUCUCGAGUGCUACCGCCUGAACAACCAGCAGACCCUCAGCUGCUCUGCACUGGCCACCCAGUACAUGCGCUGCGUCAACCAGGCCAAACAGAGCACACUUGAAAAGGGAGGAUAAAACCGGCUUUCAGAACUAGCCAAACUCCUUCAACAUUAAUUCCAGAGGGGGAACAUUUUCUUUUUUCCUAAUAAGAAAGUAACUCAUUUAAAGGGAAGCACUGGAGAGGAGAUACAAGACAAGCUCAUCGCAAUCUGAUCAGCAGCAAUUUUGCGAGGCCUGGACCCAGGAUCCUCCAUCACGGACAUGCCACGGUGUUAGUAAGCCCUAUUGGUGACGAUUAAAGGAGAAAAGCAGCCCUCCCUCCCUUUUGAAUGUUAAGUUCUACUUUCUCUGCUACCCAGGCUCCACUGUAACGGAGCUGGGUGUGGUAGGAGAUAAGCUGAUUCGAGUUGGGAGAGGAGAGAGGCAGAAAACCUCAUUGUUCUGAGGAACAACAGUGCUGGGUGGAAUUAUCUAGAUGUGGCAUCUUUUUCCCUUUCUCCUUUGACUAGAUAAGAGCUAUUUUAUUUGAACUUCUGGUGAAUCAUGUAAGUAAGAAGACAAACAGGAGAGAAAAUGUAACUCUUUUAUGGGAAUAAUGUUUAUGAUGGCAAAUGAAAUAAGGCAUUUUUUUUAAUCCACAUGAAGGCAACCUUGGCUUAAGACAGCAACCUCUUCUCAAUCAUGAAUACUGACGUCUGUACUUCACUAUCAAUAAUAAAUAUAUUUUCUGAUGAAGACC